AUGGCUGGUCGGAUGCUGCCGACGGCUGGCCACGACGACGUCGUCUCGGAGCACAGCCUUGUCUUUGGCAAGCCCAUCUACCUCUACCACGAACCAACCAACGGCUACGUGGGUGGCGAGGGCUUUGGCGACACACGCGUCAACGUCCUCGUGGCCUCGAGCCGCGUGCGCGGUGCGAUCGACGACGAGCUCGCCAAGCACGACUUCAUGCAGCGCGUCUUUGUCGUUGUGCCACCGCAGCAGCACACGGCGGCCAUGGCACUGCACAAGCACUUGGCCGAGCACGCGCCAGACCCGUGCUCGGCCAUCGAAGCGCGGCUUCGCGAGAGUGUUCGCCUCGAGAAGCGACUCAACGACGAAAGCACGCACGCGGCGCAUGGCCAUGGUGUCCAGUACGGCCAGACGAUCCAGCUCGUCCACAUCAACUCGGCCAAGUACAUUUGCGCUCGUACGAUUCUAGAGCCUCAACGUUCUAGGUAUGUGACAGUGCGGCCGCGCCUCUUGUCCGCAACGGCGCGGGACGCGAUGCGGGUCGAGCUCGCGGACGCCAGCUCCGACGACGCGCGCUUCACCGUGACGUCGACCUACGCGCACAUUCGCAUCGGCGCCACCGUCCUUUUUGGCGAUGACGUGGCGUUUCUGAGCGAGGCAUGGCGCGUCACGCUGCACGUGGGCGCGUCGAUCGACACGCACACGGCGUCAUCGUCGACCUUCUUGGAGCUCCAUGCGUCCAACGCCCUCGACUGCUUCUCGCUUGCGCGCUUUGCUUCGGCCGAACGCGGCGUGCUGCGGGGCAACCACCUCGUCCGGCUCUUUCACUGCGCCGCUGGCGGCUACCUCUGCGCGGGCAUCGGACCACACGUCGUGGUCCAUGCGGACGCUGCCAUACAAGGACUCUGGCAACUGACGCAUCUCGACUCCAAGGACGGCAGCGCGAUCGCCGUAGAGAGCAGCACGUUCUGUCUUCGCCAUCUCGCGUCAGGACGCUUCCUCGCGCUUUCCGCUUCCGAUACGGAGGCGGCGCUCAUCGACACGCGGUCCGACGACUGCACCUUCCAGCUCACCGCGGCUUCGCCGCUCAGUGGCGCGUAUGUGGCCGACAACCAGCCAUUCUUCCUCCGGCACGCACCGUCCCGAGCAUUUGUCGGUGUAGUAGAGAACCACUUGCAAUGUGUCUCGCGCACGAAGGCAGAGAGAGCUCACGCGAUCAAGCUCUCUGUCGUACCGCCGCCGGAGGUCACCGAGUCGCUCUUCCUUCUCUCGCUUCUGCCGCACCUUCAGAGAGCGCACAGCGUGCUGCGCAAGCCAUUUGAGGCGACGGACGGCGUCGGCCACGACUGGCUUGCCGACACCAAGUGGAUCGAGCUUGUCCUCGCAGAGCUUGGUGCGUUUUGCGCCGAGGCGACACCGGCGCGUCACGACCUCGUGGCCGAGCUCGACGUCACGCGGCUGCUCGUGGACCUUGUCGAUGGCCUCGUCCGUGCGCCGUUGGCAGCCGACCCAACGUCACCGUGGCACGACGUGCUGACGACCCGCAAGACGAGCCUACUUCGGCUGACGUACUCCUUGCUCUUGGUCCUCGUGCGGGGGCAUCUCUCCAAUGCAAAGCAGUGCGCUGUGAGGUGCAGCACCCUUGUCUCGCAGCUCGACACCAAUCUCGGCGCCGACGACGUCUUUGCGGCGCUGCUCUCGAUCGACGGAGCCUUUGUCGCAAGCCUUCCCAACACUGCAAUCGACAGCGUCGUCGCUUUGAUUGCGACGCGCGGCAAGCACCCGUCGUACCUCCGCUACCUCCGAAAGCUCAUCGUGUUUCGCUCCCAAGGGCUGCCGGCCAAACAGGCGUAUCUCUGCGAGCUGCUGUUUACCGCAGAAGACUCCAACGUUCUUUGCGCCUUCCGAGGCGCCGAGGUGUGCUGCCCGAAUGGCCAAUGGAAACCGCUAGCGGCCAUUGACGAUGACGAGCCAUACGUCGUCGCGUCGCUGAAGCUCUUGGCGGCGUUGGCGACGUCCCGCAACUAUGUGGCCAUGGCGGCCAUCGAACGGCUCCUGCCGCGGGACACUGUGCUGCACGCCUUGGAUCAUGCACAAGCUGACACAUUGCGCGCUGCGCUCUGCAAGCUGCUCUUGACCGUGUACGUGGACCGGCUGCCGCAGAAUGCAGCGCCGCUACCGAGAACCGUCGUGCUGCUCGGACCCCCCAGUCUUGCGUCGGAGAAUGCGUUCUUUGCCGAGUUGAAGCAGCGCGUUGCGUCGGCGCUGAUGGCGAGUACAAGUGCGUCGGGGUAUCUCCUCGGCCUCUUGCGCGUUUGCCUGGCGCUGCUGCGCUUUGGGGCCUACGCUUCCGAGUCGGAGCUACAGACGCUGCUCGGCUUGUGCCUGCCAGUCUUGGCCAACUUUGAGGACGACGUGACAAGUGCUCAACCGAUCAAGCAGACUUUGGCCCACCGGCUUGGCGACCGCAUGCGGAGCACGCUGGCCAAGACCAAGAGUCCGUCCAUCCAGGCUAUUGAAGCGCUGCCGGGACCGACGACGGCGCCGCCUCCGGUGCUCGCAAAGACGGACGGCGACUGCAAGCUCGUGUUGUGUCAGAUGCUGUUGAGCAUUCUGCAGCGCAGCGUCGACGACCAGCUUGGCCGCGUGCUGCGUGUGGUCUUUGACAAAGCGUCGCGCAAGCCCAGUGCUGCCCUAGCCCUUGCGCACACAGUCGAAAGCGCAGAAAUCGAGGCGGAAGAAGGGCGCGAGUGGAGUGGGCGCCACGCAGAGAUCGCUGUCGCGUGCGAAGGCGCGUUUGAGACGUCGCUCUUCAGCCGGCUUGUCUCACAGCACCGCCUGACACCGAUGCUCCUCCAGCUGCUCGCCACCGACCGGUCGGACCUCGUGUCUGUGUCCCUCGACUUGCUCGGGUCGUCUUACAAUACCCACCGCGAAGUCCUCAAGUACAUGAGUGACGUCACUGUCGUGACCAGCGAGACGUCUCUGCAGCUGUACGGACGCAUGGUCCAUUUUGCAGCGAUUUUGCAGCUCUACGAAGAGACGAGCGAGACGUGGCUGCUGGCGCCGUCCCACGACGCAUGGAAGGAGGUCGUCGCGGUCCUGCGCUGGUUCACGGACGCCUUGACGACGCUCGAGGCGCAGCGCCUCUUCCGCGGCUUGCACAUUGACGACGUUCUCCUGUCGCUGCUGAUUAGCGUCGGCGGGUUUCUCCUGCAACCAACCGUCAAGGACGAGGCGCUUGUGCUGCGCCACGACCUCUUGAUGGACGCUUGCUACAUGCUUCUCGUGCGCUACGUCUGGCGCUAUGCCGACGGUCAAGCCAAGGUCGCGGCGCAUCUCGGCUUUAUCCAAGACUGCGUCUCGCACCGGCACAUGCGACCCGCCGUCUUCCGCGCGCUCGCAGAGGGCAAUGUCCGCUGGUGCCAAGCGCUGCCGCAUGGCUUUAUCGCGUUUCUUGUCGACCUCCUGGAUGAACGCGGGAACGUGUCGGAGGUGCUCGACGUUCUGUCGGCCAUUAUCGUCUGCAAUGAGAUUCCGAUCAAGGACAACCAAACAGCACUGAGCAUGCUCCUGAUGGCGCCGCAUCGGCCGCCGCAUGUUCUCGAGGCUUUCUUGGCCUUGGAGACCCCAAAGGGCGACCCACGUGCCCUUGACGCGCUUCUCUGCGAUGCAAAAGAGUCGUGUGCUGUCGUGCAGCGCAGUAUCCCGCGUGACGUCGACCUGACGGGGCGGCCGAGCAGCGACAUGAGCCUUUCUGCGCGCUUCUCGGUCCUCUUGCAGCAGCUCCCAGCCUCAACUCCGGCGACGCCGACCCCGACGCAAGGAGGCGAUCCCGCUACCGGCUCGGUCGUCCUCGACGCCGACCCGCUACUGUACUACGCCAAGCUGCUCGGCUUGCUCACGAGCCUCACGGCCGGCGCCAACUUUGUGUGUGAAGCGCGGCUGCAAGGUCUCUUCCCGAUCGAGCGGCUUUUACUUGCCCUCUCGCAGCCCUCGACGCCGCGCCCGAUCACGACCAAGCUGCUCAUGGUGCUCCAUGAAGCGUACCUCAACACGGAGCAGCAAAUGGCCGACGUCGCUGGGAACAUGGCGCUCACUAGCUUUGUUGCGUCGCAGCCUAUCGUACUUGCGAGCUUCUUUGGCAUCGACGUCAACACUGCUGCGGGGUUCUCCGCGCUGUACGGCCACGAAAUUGCCUAUGUCUUUGACGGCCUGCUUCCCGUCUUGGCGCACGUACUCGGUCGCGACGCGACGACGCUGCACCCUACUCUCCAACGAACGCUGCCGGAGCUAGCGCACAGUCUAUGCCAGGUGGCAGCCCGGCUCCAGAAGGCACCAUUCGACUGGAUCGACGUGGUUGCGUCACGGGCAAAGCUGGCUCUUGGCAACGACGUGCUUGACAAAAUGGCGCGUCUGUUGCCGCGCGGAUCGCUGUUGGGAGUUGGCGGGUUUUCGACCAAGCGCAUCAUGAAUGCGGCAGGUGACGCGUCGCUGCACGUCCCUCACUUUGUCGCGUGGCUGCGCCAAGCGCCCUUUUACGUCGCGAGCACAGGUGCUGAGAAGCGCAAGCUCCUCUCUGCGUUCCGAAGUACUGAGCGCUUUGAUAUCGUAUUGGAGCGGCUCGUGGGCCAUAUGCACAGCUCCGAGAUCGCACGCGGCCAGGGCGCCAAGCACUCGACCCUCGAGAUUCUGGCCAAUUUGGAGCAAAUCGCGUCGACGUCGUCUCGUCUACUGCUGUCGUGUGGCGCCGCCGUCAUGGUAGUCGAGCUUCUCUGUGCUGCUCAUGAGAGCGAUACCAAGGCGGUCUCGGGACUCGUUGCUCUCGGCAUUGCUCUCCUCAAGACGAGCCAGCGCGCGUUUCAAGUGCAGUGCUUUGCGCUGCUGAGCACCAACUCGUCAUCGGACUGGCUCGAGCGCGUGCGUGGUCGCCUUCUCAGCGCCAUUAGCGCCCUGUCCAGCCCGUCGCACGCCAAGCUUCUGCGCGAUCCCUCGGAUGUGAUUGCGCUCUUGGAGCUCCACCGUCUCCUCUGCGAAGGUCAUUACGCGGAGAUGCAAAACCUUCUUCGGCACCAACCAGGUCCACGCUCGAUCAACUUUGUGGAGCUCGUCGUACGGCUGUUCUGCGCGCUUGCCAAGACACUCAAGCCGAGCUACGUUGCGCUGCUGCUCAAGACCCUCGAGACGGUCGUCGAGCUCGUGCAGGGUCCGUGCGAGGGCAACCAGCUGGCGGUGAUCAACCCGGUCGAGCGCAAUGACGCCAACUUUGUCGACGCGUGCAUGCUGCUUCUAAGUACGCGCGAAGAGGACGCCGUCGUUAGCGCUGCGGAUGUGUACCAGCUCAAGGCCAUGUGCACGCUGGCGCUCGUUUCGCUUGUCGAAGGCCGGCGCGACACGAUCGUGCACGAGCGACUCGCGAGUCAAGUGUCGCUUCCGCUGCUCAAAGAGACAUUGGUGCUCUUCUACGCACACUAUUUGAAAACGUACCUGGGCGUCUACUCGGAGGACGCAUUCGACCCGGCAUUGCAAUCGCCCGAAGCCCGCCAGCGUGAAGGGUAUUUUGUGCGGCUCGUCAAAAUCGCUCUGGGACAGGCGCACUUGCCGGUCGUCGACGACGCAGACGCUGUUUCCACAACGAGCACCGAGACUGCCACAUACUUGAACCCAGGGUUCAGCCUCUACAUCCUCUUUCACCGGCUCGUGGACGUCCCCGGCAUCGGAGACGUUCUUCGCACCAACUUGCUGCCGCCGGAUGUGAGCAAUGGCGAUCCGGGCCGCCACACGCUGCAACCGCGCCGGUCGACCAAGCACGUCCAUCGCAAGCUCAAGGCACUUCAACAGCGCGACAGCGACGCGUCGUACGCGGAGGCCUACGGUUUCUUCCGCAAGCACUGUGCGUCGAUCGAGGUCGUGGUCACAACGUCGACGGACGGCGCGUCAUCGUCCGCGGCGGACGAGAAGCGGCUGCAGCGUUUUCACUUCCCCAAGCCGCCCGUGUGCCAGUUCCUGACGUCCGACAUGCGCGACGCGUGCAUGGAAGACAUUGCGCGCGAGUCGCCGGCCGCCAAACUCAGUGACCUCUUUCGACGCUCGGACGCGCUCGUCGCGGAGAUGACGCAUCGGUAUCUCAUGGUCGUCGCGGGCGAUGCGUACUUUACGCUGGGCAAAACCAUCUCGUUCGUACUCGCCAUCAUAAUCAACCUCCUUCUGCUCGACUGCUACGUCGAUACGGGCGACCCACGCUUUACGAGCGCCGCACUGCCCGCCUCGAUGCUGGCUGUUGACACCGCCUACAACAUGGCGUGCGUGGGCACUCUUGGCGGUGUGUCGAAGGAUCUCAUUUUGUUCAUCUGCGCCAUCGCACAAGUCGUCGUGUCGAGCUUCAUCGUGUGCAUUUAUGCUCUUACGUACGGCCCGUUGAUCAUGCUUGAGGGCUGGAAGCGGCGGUCGGCGCCCACCGUUGGCUCGCGAACGUGGGUGCUCGGUGGCACACGGUUUACGGAUGUGCGCUUGCAGAACCUAGGCUGGUCGUUCCUGUUUCUAUUGCAGAGCCCUGUGUACAUGUACUACUGCGCGUACUUGCUCAUGGCGAUCCUCGGCCAUUCCGUCCACCCGUUCUUCUUUGCGUUUCACCUCUUUGACGUCUUUCUACGGUUUCCCGAGCUCACGAUCGUGGUGCGGGCGGUCGCGACACCGUACCGGAGCUUGGCGCUGACGUUUGCGCUCGUCAUGAUCGCCGAGUACCUCUUUUCGAUCUUUGGGUUUGCGUUCUUCCGCAAUCAGUACGCCACUGUCGCAGCCCUCGAGGCCAAUCUCGCGACGGCCGAGUGCGGUAUGCUCUGGUCGUGCUUCCUUACGACCGUCGACCAGACGUUCAAGAACAAUGGCGGUGUCGGUGCGCAUCUCAAACCAAUGUCGACCGACGACUACUCGAUGUGGUGGAGCCGGCUCCUCUUUGACAACCUCUUCAACUUGGUGAUUCUUCUCAUUUUGGUCAACAUCUUCUUCGGUAUCAUCAUCGAUACGUUUGGCGACCAACGCUCGCGGCUCCAGCAGCGCCUCGCGGAUACGACGAGCAAGUGCUUCAUCUGCGCGAUUGAUCGAGAGGCGUUUGACCGGUUCUCCGAGCGCGGGUUUGAGUUUCACUGCAAGCGCGAGCAUCACGUGUGGAACUACGUGUUCCUCGUUGCACAUCUCCGGUUCAAGGCCGAGACGGACUUUGACGGCGUCGAACAAUAUCUCGCCGAGUGUAUCGCGAGUCAGGACUACAGCUUUGUGCCGAGCUACCGCGCACUGGCCUUGCGCGACGUCUCUGCCUCGGGUCCGAUCCAGUAAGGAUCAUCCGAGAUCUAUCUAUUCCGUGCAUCAAUCCAUACUUCUCAAUACAUUUUCACUACC